CGGAUGUGUAUCGCGCCGGAAGAGAAGCAGCUCCUUUUCCCCAGCCAUCUUGUGGCUUCACCGAGCGAAGAGUUCGCACCAAGCCUCAUAGAAUCGGAGGAACAUCCUGCUGAAGGGGCGCCAUCAUGCCCGGACAAAUGCAAGAAGGUUUCGGCAUCGCCGUGGCCAACCGAUACGACCAGUUAUUGGACGAUGAAUCGGACCCGUUUGAGCUGAUCAAGCAGGCCGAGAAGAAGAAGAAGGAGGCUGCCGCUGCUGGUGCCGCCAAGCCCGCAGCGCCGGCCAGCAGGCAGCCCAAAAAGGAGUCCCAGAAGGACAGGAAAACCCCGCUGGGCGACAAGAAGGAAGAGACGCAGACGCCGGCCCCGCUCAAGAAGGACGGUGCCGGCAUGAGGAGAAUGGGCCGCAGGCCAGAGGGCGAGGGUCCGAGACCCCAGGGCGGCCAACAGGGAGAGGGACGUUUUCCCGCAGACAGACGGCCGAUGGACAGGCGGCCACCACCCCGCCGCUUCGAAAGACCCCCAACUGACGCCAGCGACAAGCCUGAGGGCGGAGAGUUCUCUGUGGAGAAACCAGUUGGCGACCGGCCAAUGAGAGGGCGUGGCGGCGGCGGCCGUGGAGCCCGAGGGGGCAGAGGGCGCGGCAUGGGUCGCAGCGACGGCUUCGACUCCAGAGGGAAACGGGAAUUUGACAGGCACAGUGGCAGCGACCGAUCUGGUCUGAAAGGGGAAGAAAAGCGAGGCGGCAGUGGAUCUCACAACUGGGGCAACGUCAAAGAUGAAAUCAAUGAACUUAACCAAUCAAACGUGACGGAGGAGAACGCUGAAGGAGAGGAACAUCCACCCGCCGACUCUGAGAACAAAAGGGAGAAUGAGGUGGAGGAGGUGAAGGAGGAAGGACCCAAGGAGAUGACAUUGGACGAGUGGAAGGCCAUGCAGAACAAGGAGCGCACCAAGAUGGACUUCAACAUCCGCAAAGCCAACGAGGGAGCUGACUGGAACAAAGGAUUUGUGCUGCACAAGUCCAAGGCAGAAGGCAAAAAAGAUGAGCUGAUAGACCCGGAAUCCUUUGAGUCCAAGAUGGACGACAACGAGCACCACUUCCGCAAGCCGGCCAACGACAUCACGUCUCAGCUGGACAUCAACUUUGGAGAGCUGGGGCGCCGUGGACGCGGCGGCCCGCGUGGCGGCGGCGGUGGCGGACGGGGCGGACGUGGGCGCGGCGGCCCCGGCGGCAGCACCGGCCCCGGCGGCAGCAGCAGCAGCGUUGUCGGCGGCAGCGAGGUGGCCCCCAGGCCAGCACGCGGAGGACGCAGCGAGAAGUCGUCGUCCUCAGUGCCCAACGUGGACGACCCCGAGGCCUUUCCCGCCUUGGCUUGAAGCCUCCUGAGCACCUUGCAUGUUUGGAUCCUUCAGCAAAGCAAUGAUGGAGUGGAGGUGAGGACUGCCUUUUAGCCAAUGGAAAGCAAAACCAAGGACUUGUUGCUACUGUGGAGCAGCACAUUGCUCCAGGUUUUCUACUUCUGGCUUCACACCAUUUGUUUCAGAGCGCAUCUUGUAGUCGCGCAUUGUGCCAUCCGCCCUUCCCCUUCUGUCGUGCACUGGACCGCCGCUUUGCUCUUUUCUACUCUUCUUCUUCUUCUUCUUCUUCUUCAAACACCUCUUCUUCUCGUGCUCCCAGGAAGCAACCUUAGGUCAUUGAGUUCUUUCCCCCGCUAACUGUUGACACACUCCUCCUCUGCCACACGCACCACUGCAUCAUGGCUCUGAAAGAAAUGUAGUGGUUCACUGCGCUCAACAUGUGUGAAGUCCAGCCCUGCUAUUGAUGCCUCUGUCGCUAAAUAAAGAUGGUCGCUCAAUUCUU